AUGGUUCCGACAUACCAAGCAAGCGAAACUUCAUCCUCAGGCGAGUCGUUAUCAGCUGCCGAACUGGGGGAACCUCUAAUCUCUGAAGCGAUUAAAUCGCUCUCGCGCGCCUCAACCUAUGGCAUCGACCGGAUAAACCCAGAUGGGCACUGGAUGGGAGAACUUCUGUCUAGUACUACCAUCACAUCUGAGCAUGUGUUCUUUCGGCAGACGUUGGGAUUGGACCUUUUAGAGGAUGGCGAUGCAUUCCGUACUUAUCUCCUUGGUCAACAGAAUCUCGAUGGGUCAUGGAGUAUUGCUCCAGAUUAUCCGGGAGAUGUCUCGACAUCAUCAGAGGCUUACCUUGCUUUGAAAAUACUUGGAGUUGCCCAAUCCAGUCCCAUUGACAAGGCACUAUACAAACUUGGGGGGCUGAAAUACAAUCCUCUUCGCCCAUACUCAAGGAAAGUGGCUGUUAGCUGGAUUAUUGAGCGGCAAGAAAAAGAAGGAGAUUGGGCAGGAAUUAUACCACCUAUGCAUCAAGGCAUUCAAGCAUUGACACUUGAAGGGUACAAGGUGACGGACCCAGUGGUCCAGGCAGGAAUUACAGCGAUUGAGCGGUUUGCAUGGCAGGAUGUAAAUGGGAAAAGGAUUCAAGCUUGUUUGUCACCAGUUUGGGAUACUGUGUUUAUGAUCAGAGCUCUUUGUGGUGCUGGUCCAGAGUCUGUAAUUGACCACAACGAUAGAAGGAUUCGACAAGCAGUUAAAUGGACGAAAGAGCAACAAAUCCUUGGCCCAGGAGGUGACUGGCGUAUAUACCAGCCCGACCUGGCACCAGGUGGCUUUGCCUUUGAAUAUAACAACACAUGGUAUCCAGAUGUGGACGACACUGCUGUUGCUAUCCUCGCAUUCCUCGACCAAAACCCGCAAGCCGUCGAGACAGCAUCUGUAGCCACUGCCGCAAAUUGGAUCCUCGGGAUGCAAAAUAGCGACGGCGGCUGGGCAGCCUUCGAUUAUGACAACGAUAAACUCUUCCUCAACCGCAUUCCCUUCAGCGACAUGGGUGCACUCUGUGAUCCUUCAACCGCCGAUGUCACAGGCCGCAUCCUUGAAGCCUUCGGCCUGAUGAUCCGCUGCUCGAAGACUGAACAUAUUGCUCCUAACCUACUAGAAGCAAUUACUACUAUCUCUGAUAAAGGGAUCACUUUCCUGGCCAAGACACAAGAAGCAGACGGCUCGUGGUAUGGACGCUGGGGCUCAAACUAUAUCUACGGUACAAGCAACGCCCUCUGCGGCCUCACGUAUUUCCAUGAUAAAAGUUGUCUUGUGCGGGAUCUCAUGCGACCUGCAAUCGCCUGGCUUAAGAGAGUCCAGAAUGAAGACGGAGGUUUCGGCGAAGAGCUCAUCACGUAUAAGACACCCUCGCCUGCGUUACGGGGCGUGGGUGAAAGCACUGCGUCUCAGACUGCUUGGGGUCUCAUGGGUCUACUAACUGUUGUGGGACCUAAUGAUAGGUAUGCUAAGAGUGCGGUAGGCUACCUAGUAAAUACCCAAGUUGAGAUUAGUGGAGGCGGCAGGAGUUGGCCGGAGAGGAAAUACACCGGAACGGGAUUCCCCGGACAUUUUUAUCUGGGCUACAGUCUUUAUCGGCAUUGUUUUCCUAUGAUAGCGUUGGGGAGGUGGAUUAAAAUUGUUAAGGGUGCGAAAGAGAAGAGUGCGAGAGGGGGGUUUGAGACGAGGUGGAGUGGGCAGUGA